UUACAGUACAAGGACAUUCACUAGUUAAAAGAACAUGGCCAACUACGGUGGUACAAAGCUCCGCGAGUCGACCGCUGAUUGGUAAUUCGACCGGCUUGCGUUUUUGGAGGGCGGCAGGCUACGGACGCACGCUAGUUGGAGCAUCACCUGUUCGACGAAAUGCCGCCUGCCCCCGACCCCGUGGCAGAGACGCCUGGUGGCAGCCGACGCAUGGGCAUCGCCCCAGCGACGCGCGUUCCCUUGGCGGGGCGCGGGAUCAACGACCUCCCCCGCGACGCCCUCCUCCGCGUCCUGUCCUACCUGGGCGCGCGCCAGCUCGUGCGGACGUGCGUGCUCUCGCGGCAGUGGCGCGACCUCUGGCGCGACGUUCCCCGCAUCAAAGCCUCGCGCGAAGAGUUCGGACCCGACGCUGACGGCGGCUACGAGGAGCGCAACCCGCUGUUCAAGAAGUUCGUUAACCACCUGCUGAUGCUCCGUAACCCCGUUGCCUUGGACGAGUUCCGGCUCUACCACUACAUCGGUUCACAGCACCAAGCUGACAGCGCAGAAGCUAACCUAUGGAUCGGUCAUGCUUUGCUCUGCAACGCUCGAUCUGUCGAGGUAGCUGUAUGGGGCUAUGGAUUGAAGAUCGAUUCCGCGGUGUUUACUUCACAGCACUUGACUACCCUGAUGCUUUGCGCUUGUAAUUUGACCCCUGGCUUCUUUGAGCACCUCCAAACGGGCUGCAAAGUAUUGGAAUGCCUGAUAUUACAGCAUUGCGCCAUUGAUGACAUUGAAAUUUCCUCCCACACACUGAAGAUUUUGUUCAUUAGCACUGAUAGUUUUUUCAGAUCUGAUGACCGGGCUUCUAUUUCCAUUCCAAGCCUCAAGUAUCUUGGCUUCUAUGGUCAUGCUCACGGCAGAAUACCUUUACUAGAGAACAUGGAAUCACUAGUGUUAGCUUACGUUUCAGUUGGUAGGUUCGAGGGCACUGGUAUUCAAGUUGAUGUUAUCAGUCAAUUUCUCUGGGGCCUUUCUGGUAUUACAGAAUUGGACUUCAAUUUCGUAGAAACAGAGCUGAAUAUGGAAAAGAAUUUGCAAUGGUGCCCAACAUUCAACAAUCUUAAAUUCCUGACUCUUGGUGAAUGGUGUCUGCAUGCAGACUUCUAUGCAUUGAUAGUCUUCCUUCAGAACUCACCUAAUCUUGUGAAUCUAACUCUGAAUCUCAAAAAGCCUAUUGAUGUACCUGGAAGAUUCAGGGGCGAACUCCGAGAAAGAUCGUUUACAUGUGAGCAACUUAAGAUUGUUAAAAUCAUUUGCUCAGAGCGUAAUCCCGUGGUCGACAGUCUGGAGAAGUUUCUGGUUGCGAGUGGCAUAACCUCUGGUCAGAUUCGCAUCAGUCAUUAGAAGUAGUUCUGGCCAUAUAUUUGUAAGGAGCACUGGAACCAGUCACCGGAUCGUUCGUUCAUUAGCGGACACAGGAACAUAUACAUGUUUAGUCGCGUCAGACUUCGUGGAAAACAUCUCAGUUCCACUUUAUCAGCAUUUCGGCUUGGAUGGAUGCGUUCUGAUGAAAUGGAUGAGUUGUAUAUCACGUGAAUGUUAAUAUUUUGUUACCUCAUUGGUUUUUACUUAGGAUGGAUGCAUCUUCGGAGGAAAUUGAUUACAUUUUUCUGUGAAAUGUAGAAAAAAGGGUGCCAUGGCACACGUGCUAGAUCAGACAUAGAUUGGUACGGUGUAUCAGAUCAUGCCAAUGCGAUCAAUGACAAUGGUUUAAAGAUCUCAGUUUUA